AGGGCAGAGCCGAGCCGAGCCCGGGACGAGAAGGGGCCAUGAAGGCAUAGCCAAGCCCGGGGCGAGAAGGGGCCAUGAAGGCAGAGCCGAGCCGAGCCCGGGGCGAGAAGGGGCCAUGAGGGCAGAGCCGAGCCCGGGACGGAGCGGGGCGAGGAGGAGCCGGGGGUAGCUCUCCUCUGGGCGAGGAGGAGCCGGGGGUAGCUCUCCUCCCCGACCGUGCCGGAGGUGGAACGGCGGGGACACAGCCGCCUGCCCCUGUCAGGCACCGGGUGAUGCGAGCUCCGGUGUCCCCGCAUGAGGGCGUUUGGAGAGACUGCGUUGGGGGAAAUGCCUAAUAAACGAGGAGAAGUACUGCUUGUGAUUGUGUCACACAGCUACUCUUAUUUCAUCCCGCGGUGUGAGGGAGACAAACCAAACAGUGGAAUCACAGGAUGUCCCGAGUUGGAAGGGAUUACAGGGAUAAGGUCCUGAGCGGACCUUGCUAGCCAUGGCCCCAGGGCUCGGUGGCUUGCCCGGGGAGGGCUGAGAAGCUGCACAGGGCAGCUCUGCCCCGCUUAAUCUCAGUGGGGGUGAAAACCUGACCCGGAUUUGAAGUUUUUUAAAUUAAAUCAGCCCUAAAUUUAAGCUGAGAGAUGCGCAGGGUGGAUGAAAGGCGGCAGAGCCCGGCAGUUCCUGGGGGGCUGAGGGAGGGCGAGACUCCCCUUUGUGCACGGAGUGAGGGAUGGAGCGGCAGAGCUCGGCUGCAGCGGCUUUAAUUCAGGCGGCUGUGUUGAGUAUUUCUUUAUUUUCACGGGGCGGUUGAGUGGAAGGCUGGGUUUACGAAGGCACGGAGCCUCCCCGCCCUUCCCUUGGCGGCGGCGGCGGCGCUCCGGGCGAGGGUGGUACCGCUUCCCGGGGGCUGGAACACGCCUUCCCGGGGGCUGAGCGCGGCUUUCCCGGGGCUGGAGCACGGCUUCCCUGGAGCCGGAAUACCUCUUCCCCGCGGCUGCCAGGAGAUUUCAGCCCCGUUUCGCUGCUCGGUGGAGCUGAUGGCUGCAGCCCACCUCUGCAUAGGGGUGUGUAAACUUGGUGGAACUCGGGCUUUUUGUGUGAAAACCUCCCCUCACGUCUCGACGCAGCCAGCAUGCCUGAGCAGAGCAAUGAUUACAGGGUGGUGGUGUUCGGAGCAGCGGGGGUCGGCAAAAGCUCCCUGGUCCUGCGCUUUGUGAGGGGCACUUUCAGGGAAACCUACAUCCCCACCAUCGAGGAUACGUACCGGCAGGUGAUCAGCUGCGACAAGAGCAUCUGCACCCUGCAGAUCACGGACACCACGGGCAGCCAUCAGUUCCCUGCCAUGCAGCGGCUCUCCAUAUCCAAAGGGCAUGCCUUCAUCUUGGUGUACUCCGUCACCAGCAGGCAAUCCAUGGAAGAUCUUCACCCCAUCUUCGAUGAGAUUUGUCAGAUCAAAGGCGACAUCCAGAAAAUCCCGAUAAUGUUGGUGGGGAACAAAAGUGACGACACGCAGAGGGAGCUGGAUGCCAGCGAGGGGCAAGCGCUGGCCAGCAAGUGGAAGUGUGCCUUCAUGGAGACCUCAGCCAAAAUGAACUACAACGUGCAGGAGCUCUUCCAGGAGCUCUUGAAUCUGGAGCAGAGGAGAACUAUCAGUCUCCAGGUGGAUGGAAAGAAAUCCAAACAGCAGAAAAAGAAAGAUAAACUGCAAGGCAAAUGCUCUGUUAUGUGAUUGCCUUUGGCUGGACUUGCUGCACGGCACAGCUGGAGCGUGGACUCCCACAGAAAAUACAUUCCUGCUGGAGAUUUUGGAGGAAUCCACGCCUUGCAGGGUGGUUGCUUUCCUCUAAAAUCCCCGCUGGGUAAUUGUAUGUGUUGUUUUUAAGGAGGAUGGCUUCUGCAUGUUUAUUUUUUUAAACCAAUAAAUGUUCCAUGUUAGCAAUUACCUGUAACUAGAAGUUUUUUAAUGUAAGAAGUUUUCCAGAGGGAAACAAUGUCUGUCAAAACAAACCUCUCUAUUCUUGUGAGUACAUGCCAGUUUUUAAAUAUCUCCAGCCUGUUAACUCAGAGGAAAUCAUCUAUAAUGUGUCGAGUUAAAUUGUUUUCAGGAACCUAUUGACCAGAGCAAAUCUCUAACAAAGUGAGGCAUUUGCUCUAAAAAUGAACAUGUGUGUGGCCCUGCUUGCCUAAAUUUUUGAUGGACAGACUGGGUUGCCCACCAAAGCUGCAGUUUUUUGCAUGACAGAAGUGGAGUUUUCCUGUGUGCUGUGCAGUUCCCGAGACUUGUGCAGUUCUGGGAGUGAUUACAGCUGUAUAAAAUCAGGCUUUCGUUCCUGCUUUACUUUUUCAUUCCCGACUUCCUCUGUUCACUGAGGCAGGAUUUUCCACGUGCUCUCACUCCCAGUCCAGGAGUGAUCCCUGGUGUCCUUGAGCAGGAGCUGCCUCCUGAUGAAGGUAACUGGGAGAUUCUGAGUGCCCACUGACGUAGAAGCUGGUUAUCUUCUCCUUGCCCAGCCAUCACCCUGGUUUUGCUGUCCGAAGCUCCUUUUCCCAGCCUUCCUGGAAUUCUAUCAGAUAUCUAUUUUCCUCCCUCCAUCCAAGUGACCCAGCUGGCACCUGGGAUGAGUCAGUUCAGAUGACACUGCCUGGGGAAGGAGCAGCUACACCUGGAAGCAAACCCCUCUCUGAUGAGAACUUCUGGCAGACACUUCAUGUGAAUGAAGGGACUGGAGGGAUUUAAAAGCUAUGUGGAUGUGGCACUUGGGGAUGUGGGUCAGUGCUGGGGAGCAGUUGAACUCCACGGUCUUAGAGGGCUUUUCAAAGCUAAAUAAUUCCAUGAUUCUGUCUCCUGGUUUGGGUGUGUUUUAGCCCAAGCAGACGACUGCAAGACUUCAGUGUUGCACCGUAGGCUUGAUUUUUUACACAGCAACGUGGUCUUGACACAUGAGACAUGGGAGGAGAGGAAUUGCUACUUUUUAUAGCACUUUUCUGGUGAAGUGAUUUCAUUGCUGAGGGUGAACACGAUGUGGAACUGGAGGUGCUGGAGGCUUUCAGGCUCUUUCUGUGGAUGUAUUCGUGUCAAGAAUGACCUGAGGGGAGCCUGUGAGAAAUAGGGGGCCACUGCCAGAGGGCAGGCAUGGAUGGGACAUUGGGAAGAAAUUCCUCCCUCUGAGGGUGGGGAGGCCCUGGCACAGGAAUUCCCACAGAGGCUGUGGCUGCCCCUGGAUCCCUGGAAGUGCCCAAGGCCAGGUUGGACAGGGCUUGGAGCACCUGAGGUAGUAGAAGGUGUCCCUGCCCAUGGCAGGGGUGACACUGGAUGGGCUUUAAGGUCCUUCCCAUCCCAGACCAGUCUGGGUUUCAGUGGAAGGUGCUGUAGAAGGGCCUUUUCUCCCAGACCUCUUUGUUCAUGUUGCAGGCUAAUACGCAAACCCAUGACAUUUGCAUCCAUGUGAAUACAUGACAUUUGAACGACUCUUGGCCCCUGGUGCUCCCCUGUCUCCUGUGCUGUCCUGAGCUGCUUUUCCAGUCUCCUUAGGCUGUCCCUACACACUCGUGGGGUCAGAUGGCUCCAUGUGAGCCAGGGGAGUUUGCCCCAGUUUCAUCUGGAGCCCUCACACCAUUUGAUUCAGCAGAAAAAUGUAUUACUUAUGAUUUCAGAAACCAUCUUCUGCAGGAGGGUUUGGAGCUGUCCAAAAGUUAAUGCUCACUUGGCAAAAUCAGCCCAGAGGCUCUGCUCCUGAUUUUCCCUAUUGGAGAAGGGACCCCCCCAGGCUCCCAAUGCUGGACCUGUGGUGCUGGCUGGUGCUGUCCCCUGUGUGUGACAUCUCCUGAGGCAGUCAGUCAGGGGGCUGUGGGAGCAGCCCUGAUGGCUUUGCUUGGACAUAACUCUUCCUUUCUCCUCUCUGGCUUUGUGCAUGGAUUUUCUGUCUCUGAUCACUCGUGUCCAAGCAGUUACACAAAGCUCCUCGUGGGUUGUUUGGUUAUUAUUACAAAAACUAUUUCUGUUCCAUUGCAGCCUUUGAAACCCCUCAAAGACGUUUUCUGUCUAAGCCUUUUUAAAAUGUCAGGAGACCUAAUAAUGUCUCUACAACUCCCACUGCCUUCAUGGAGAUGCCUGUGCAAAGGAUCUGCAAUUACUCACACAGCCAGGAUGUUCUGGAAUGUGUCAUUAGCACUGCCGUGUGUUCCCUGUGCGGGGUGUGGAGGUCUCCGAGGGCUGGGAUCUGUCAGAGCAACAAUCCAUUGGAACAAAACAGGCUCAGGCAUUCCUGCACCCGGGAGAAUCCCUGAGGGAGCUGGGAAGGGGCUCAGCCUGGAGAAAAGGCUCCAGGGGGCCCUUGUGGCUCUGCACAGCUCCUGCCAGGAGGGGACAGCCGGGGGGGUCGGGCUGUGCUCCAGGGAACAGGGACAGGAGGAGAGGGAACGGCCUCAGGCUGGGCCAGGGCAGGCUCAGGGGGGACAGCAGCAGGAAUUUCCCCAUGGAAAGCGUGGUUAGACAUUGGAAGGGGCUGCCCAGUGAGUCCCCAUCUCUGGAGGGGUUUAAAAUCCCUGUGGAUGUGGCACUUGGGGACACGGGGCAGGGGUGGCCUCGGCAGUACUGGGGGAAUGAUUCAGCUGGAUCAUCUAAGUGGACUUUUCCAACCUAAACAAUUCCACGAUUCAAAGCUUCUUUGGUUGCCAUGAGACCAAGACUGUGUGGCAAUGGAGAUGCUGGGGUGCUCCUGGGGGUGCCCCAGUUUAGAAACCCAAACCAGCUGGGGAACAAGGGACACCUGCUGUGUCUGCCUUUCAUGCUCUGUAAAUAAUCUAUGUCUUGGGUGUGCAGCUCAAUUGUGCUGUAAAUGAAAACUGUAUUAAUAAAUAAAUUACAUAAUUGGCUGUUUCCAUAUGAACUGAA